AUGGGCAAAUCCAACUUAAAACUGGUCGUCGAAUGCGAUAACUUCCCCUACUACGAGGAUGAUCGCAUCGCAUACACGGAGAACCUGAACAACUACCAUGCAUUCAAAGUAUCCGGAUACGAGUGUACACUCGGCUACAUCCUCAAUGCCGUCGUGGAGAAAUUCCCCUGGUCCGAGAACAGCUGGGCCAUCGACUCGGCCGCGCAAACCGUGACGCUAGUGACACCGGCAGGAGCCACCCCGGCGCACCGAAGCCAGCUCGUCGCAACAGAUCUCGCCGAAGCCGUGAAGCAAGGCACGUUCGAAGUCCUGAAAGGCUGGCGCAACGAGAACUACGCAGUCUACGGGCCGGGCGGAGAAUUCCUCCUCGAGAUGGAGCGCUCCGCAACCCCGCUCUUCGGCAUCGUCUCCUACGGCGCCCAUAUGACAGGCUACGUGGAAGACGAAUCCGGAAUCAAGAUCUGGGUCCCGCGCCGCGCAAAGAACAAGCAGACCUACCCAGGCCUCCUUGAUAACACCGUCGCCGGCGGCAUGUGCACCAACGAGACCCCGUUCGAGUGUAUCGUCCGCGAAGCUAUGGAAGAGGCUUCCUUGCCUGAGGAUGUGGUGCGCGCGGCGAUGGUCUCCACGGGCUGUGUCACAUACUCGCAUGUGCGGGAUGUGCGCGCGGGCGGCGAGACGGGCCUCAUCCAGCCUGAGGUUGAGUAUGUGUACGACCUUAGACUUGAUCCUGAGACUAUUCCGAAACCUGGGGAUAAUGAGGUUGAGGAAUUCAAGUUGCUGUCGAUUGAGGAGGUGAAGGCGGCUUUGGCGCGCGGAGAGUUCAAGCCUAAUUGUGCUAAUAUCAUGAUUGAUUUCUUUGUCAGGCAUGGGCUGCUGACGCCGGAGAAUGAGCCGGAUUUCUUGCAGAUUGUUGCGAGAUUGCAUCGGCGAUUGGAGUAUCCGACUGCUUCGCAUUGUGCGAGGUAG